AUGGAUUCAUUACGGCUCAAGCAAUUUGCUGUCCUCCUCUGGAAAAAUUUUCUUUUAAAGAGGCGGCAGGGUAUUGGCUUAGUUGUGGAAGUCGUCUUGAUAUUUCUGUUGUUUGCAUGGACUUUAACUAUGCGUAAAAUUACAAAGCGAAGUUUUGUUCAUGGUAUUACUUACAAUGGUUUUUCCUUGACACCACCUGCAUUCCUGCUUCAUAAUGAUUCUACCUAUGAAUUGAUUUAUGUGCCUUCUGAAAGUGAUGUAGCAAGGAAUAUUACUGAGAUGGUCAAAAGGGAUUUACAACUCAACUUUAAAGUACAAGGUUUUUCUUCAGAAAAAUCUUUUGAGGAUUACAUUAAGUAUGAAAAUAAGUCUUCUAUUGUAUUGGCUGCUAUUAUAUUUGAUCAUAAUUUCAAAACCAGCAAAGACCCUUUGCCACUUAAGGUAAAAUACCACUUACGCUUUAGUCAUCUCUAUAAUGAACACAAUCCAAAUAUGCCACGUGUGAACCAGGAGGAAAAGAGUUGGAAUACAUCCUCUCUCUUUCCACGUAUACCUUCCCAAGGACCCAGGAACCGUAAGGAAGAUAAUGGGGGAGAUCCUGGGUACUUCAAAGAAGGGUUCCUUUUUGUGCAGCACUCAUUAGAUAAGGCCAUCAUGGCAUAUCAUAGUGGCUCAGCUGCAGAAAACAUGUUUGCCAACACCAGUGUUUUUGGUAGGAGAUUUCCAUACCCUGAUUAUUAUGAUGAUAUUUUUUUGUGGGUUUUCAUCUUUAUGUUUCCUUGGACAAUUUUAUUUACAUUUACUCAAAUGGAACUUGUCAUUGUUGGGACCAUUAUGUUGGAAAAAGAAAAGAGACUAAAGGAGUACCAGCUCAUGGUAGGACUCAGUAGUACUAUGCUCUGGGUUUCGUAUUUCAUCACAUUCCUAUUGAUGUAUUUAAUCAUCAUCUGUUUGCUGUGUGUGAUUUUAUUUCUCGAAAUUGUACAAGAGAGGGUCCUUCAACACAGUGAUCCGACAUUGGUUGCUGCAUAUUUCAUGUGUUUUGCCAUCUCCUCAGUGUCCCUGGGCUUUAUGACUAGCACAUUCUUUAAUAAAGCUUCUUUGGCUAUUUCAGUUUCAGGUUUCCUCCAUUUUCUCACUUUCUUUCCAUAUUUAGUCGUAUAUGGAUGGUAUACCCAGAUAAGCUUCAGUGGGAAGCUGGCUUUGUGUCUCAUUACAAAUACUGCAUUAGCUUUUGGGACUGACUUGAUAUGUAAGAUGGAAAUGAAGGGACAAGGUGCUCGGUGGGGUAAUUUCUUCUCAAAAGUAAGCCCGGAUGAUGACUUAACUUUGGCCCAUAUUAUGGCCAUGUUUUUAAUUAGUGCUUUCUUGUAUGGUCUUGUGGCCUGGUAUGUAGAUGCUGUCUUUCCAGGGACCUAUGGUAUCCCCAAGCCGUGGAACUUUUUCUUGCAGAAAUCCUACUGGUUUGGAGAAGUACCCUUAGAGAAUAUUGAGGACCAACUUUCUGAAGUGUCGCAAAGUGAUUAUGUUGAAGCCGAGCCUGUUGAUUUAGUGGCUGGUAUCAGAAUUCAACAUUUGAACAAGGAAUUUACCUUGAACAAUUCUACCAUAUUAGCAGUGAAAAACUUGUCUCUGAAUUUAUAUGAGGGACAGAUCACUGUUGUUCUAGGACCUAAUGGUGCAGGAAAAACCACCACCUUAUCCAUCAUUACAGGUUUAUAUCUUCCUACCAGUGGAAAGAUUUAUGUUAAUGGGUAUGACAUCUCAACCGACAUGGCUCAAGUCAGAAAAAGCUUGGGCUUGUGUCCCCAGGAUGAUAUAUUGUUUCCCAAGCUGACAGUAGCAGAGCACCUUUAUUUCUACUCUGUGAUAAAAGGAAUGUCUUAUAAGAAACGAUUUAAAGAAUUUAACAGAAUGCUGACAUCUUUUGGCCUGCUGCAGAAACGUGAUGUAUUUUCAAAGGAUCUGAGUGGAGGAAUGAAGCGCAAGCUCUCCAUCAUCAUAGCUCUUAUGGGGGAUACCAAGGUGGUGAUACUUGAUGAGCCAACAUCUGGCAUGGACCCAGUCUCACGGAGGACCACCUGGGACCUCCUCCAGCAGUAUAAAGAGGAUCGGACCAUCCUAUUGACCACCCACCACAUGGACGAAGCUGAUGUGCUGGGUGACCGCAUCGCCAUUAUGGUCAUGGGAACCCUGCAGUGCUGUGGCUCUUCGCUUUUCCUGAAACAAUUAUACGGUGUGGGAUACCACCUUGUCAUAGUAAAGACUCCUAAGUGUGAUGUUGAAAAAGUCUCCCAGCUGAUUAUGGAUUAUAUACCAACUGCCACUUUGGAGAUGAAUGUCGCAGCUGAAUUGUCAUUUAUACUACCCAAAGAAUUUUCACAUAGAUUUGCAAAACUGUUCACUAUCCUAGAAAAAAGAAAGGUAGAGCUGGGCAUUGCUGGCUUUGGUGUCUCUAUGACUACCAUGGAAGAAGUCUUUUUCAAGGUUAGUAAUAAUGCAGGCUUCAAGGUGAAGAAUCCAGUUGGCAGUUUACCUUCCAUAAAAGACCAAAGCAUAAGUGAAGAGAACAUAAAUAUGAAUGUGCCCAGACAUUUUGAGAGAUCAAAUUAUGCAAAUGAACGCUCUGAUAUUGCAUUUAAUACUGGGUGGGCUCUUUACACCCAGCAGUUCCAGGCCAUGUUCAUCAAAAGGGCAGUGUUCACUUGGCGCAACUGGAAAAUGCUCUUUCUACAGUUGUUUGCACUUCUGGUUCUUAUGUAUCUUCUUAUGAAAGGUGUGACCUUCCCAGAAAUUGAGGACCCACCCAGACAAAUGGAUUUGGAACAGUAUGGUGAAACUACUGUGCCUUUCUCAAUUUCUGGAGACCGUAAUUUAGUUCAAAAUUUCACAGAAAAUCUGAAGACUAUGCUAAAGGCUAAAAAACAAAGUCUUUGGGAAGUGACAGGCAAAAUGGAGGACUACCUGGCAAAAAAAGAAUGCCUUUAUUCUUGCAUCAUCGCACUUUCCCUUGAGGUUACCAAACAAAACAAGACAGUUACCUUUUGGUUUAACAAUGAGGCAUAUCAUUCACCAUCAUUAUCCCUGGCAGUAUUAGACAACAUUAUUUUUAUGGCACUUUCUGGCCCUGAUGCUUCCAUUACUGUUUCCAAUAAACCUCAGCCUAAAUAUACUUAUGCUCGCAAGCCUGAGGAAAGAUCCAUGUCAGCCAUCCAGAUUGUCUUUAAUUUGCUUUUCACUAUGAGUAUUUUCACCAGUGGCUUUUGCCUCCUGACAGUGACUGAGAGAGUUUCUAAAGCAAAGCACAUCCAGUUUGUGAGUGGAGUCUACUCCCUUAGCUUUUGGCUCUCUGCUCUGAUGUGGGACCUCAUCAUCUACUUCUUUGCCUGCUUGCUACUGAUGAUGGUGUUCAUAAUCAUUGAAGUGGAUAUACUGAUCAAGAAUUACCGCUUUCUGGAUACAAUGGUCAUCUUCAUGCUGUUUGGAUGGUCUGUUAUUCCCUUCAUAUACCUGCUAAGUUUCCUAUAUACCAAUAGCACCAGUGCCUACAUCAAAAUCUUCAUCUUGAACCACUGUUUAGGAUUUAUUAGUAUCAUUGUGGAUGCUGUGUUGAAUAUAAUGACUGACAUCAGUAGUUCAACUAAAAAGAAAAUACUUAAUUCAUUGCUGCUGUUACCUAUUUAUAAUUUUGGGAUGAGCAUCAAAAAUUACUAUGAACUCCAUUUGUUGAGGCGUGCAUGUUCCUACUUACAGGAUCUUCCUGCUAUCCCAGCUUGUGAAGAAGCUCAAAAACGUUCUAUAUACAGUAUGGACAGAAGUGCAAUUGGAUUGUAUGUAAUCGCAAUGGCUGCCACAGGAUUUGUUUAUCUCCUGUUGAUUUUCUUUCUGGAUACCACCUCAUGGAGAAUAAAAGCCUUUGUGUAUCACUAUAUUUUAUUUGGUAUUUACAAGGCAUUUAAUAAGGCUAGAGUGUCCAAGGAAUUAUCUGGGGAAUCAGAAGAUGAAGAUGUACAAAAUGAAAGAGAGCUAGUCCUACAGCAGCCUCAGGGCUCACUGUAUUUCACUGUGCUUAUUAAAGAACUCAUAAAGAUAUAUUUUAAAUAUCCAGUCACUCUGGCUGUGAAAAAUAUCUCCCUUGCAAUCAAAAAGGAGGAGUGCUUUGGAUUGCUUGGAUUAAAUGGAGCUGGAAAAACUACUACCUUUGAAAUUUUAACUGGAGAAGAGAUUGCCACCUCCGGGGAUGUGUUUAUUGAAGGACUUAGCAUCACCAACAAUAUCCUAAAGGUAAGGUCAAAAAUUGGCUAUUGUCCACAAUUUGAUGCCAUGCUAGAUUAUAUGACUGUUCGAGAAACACUGAUCAUGUAUGCCAGGGUGUGGGGGAUCCCAGAGGAAAAAAUUCAUCUCUAUGUGACCAACUUAAUGAAUUUACUGAAUCUACAAUCACAUGCUGACAAGGUCAUUUACACUUUGAGUGGAGGCAACAAACGUAAGCUUAGCACUGCUGUGUCUAUAAUGGGAAAGCCCUCGGUUGUCUUCCUGGAUGAGCCAUCCACUGGCAUGGACCCACUGUCACGGCGCCUGCUGUGGAACGCAGUGAUAAAGACACGAGAAAGUGGCAAGGUCAUCAUCAUAACCUCACACAGUAUGGAGGAAUGUGAGGCUCUCUGUACCAGACUAGCGAUCAUGGUGCUGGGGAAAUUCAUGUGCCUGGGCAGCCCUCAACAUCUCAAGAACAAGUUUGGCAAUAUUUAUACCAUGACUGCCAAGUUCAGGAUUGGUACUGAUGACAGUGUAAUAGAGAAUUUUAAAGAAUUUAUUGCAAGGGUUUUCCCAGGUAGUGACUUGAAGCAGGAGAGUCAAACCAUCCUUAACUACUAUAUUCCCAGCAAGGAUAAUGGCUGGGGCAAGGUGUUUGACAUUUUGGAGAAAGCUAAGCAGGAGUUCGAUUUAGAAGACUAUUCCAUCAGUCAGAUCACUCUGGAUCAAGUUUUCCUGACAUUUGCCAACAUACAGAACACAGCAAGUAAUGAAAAGUAGGUGCCUUGAGAUUUGAUUGCAGCCAGUGACUCUG